GGCAGCACUGGUGGUAAUUGAAAAUUCAAUUGGAUGGCAACACUGGCGAGACAAGCACAAAUAAAUAAUAUUAACAUUGGAAGUGAAAGUUAAUAUUUAAGCAGUUAUCCCAUGCAGCGUUAAAGCAACAACAAUAACAACUGUGGAGAUUUACAAAACAUGAAUAUGGACACGAAACUGCGGGAGCAGCCAUCUGCAGAUGGAGCAACAACAACAAAUGCGAAAGCGGACGAGGCAAUGAAAAUCAACACAACAACAUCAACAACAACGACAACGAUGUCAACAAUGUCAACAAUGUCAACAACAACAAAAGGAAGCGAUUCGAAUGAAUCGCCAGAUGAAUGGAUUCGUUUGUCACAAUGGGUGCAUUGUUUAUGUGUUGUAACGUUCGACUUGAAUCUGGGCCAGGCACUGGAGUAUGUUUAUCCGCCGGAAUUGAUGCCCAGCGAACAGGAGGUGAGCAACAUUUGCUAUAUGGCAUUUCCGGACUCCAAUUCCGGUUGCAUGGGCGACACCAAGUUCCAUAUGCGUUUGCGUGCCAUCCCAGCAACAAACACAACAACAACAACGAAUCCUGCCUCCUUGGAUUACUAUAAUGGACUGUGUGCACCUGCAAUGCGUUCGGAUAGCAGUCACUAUUGGGGAUUUGUUUAUUUCCGACAGAAACGUGAUGCGAAUUUGCCGCGCGGUUAUUUUCAAAAGAGUUUAAUCAUCAUCACACGUCUGCCGUUCUUCAACCUGUACUACGAUGUGCUGGGCCAGCUGGCACCCAAGUAUUUCGAGCUGGGUGAUCAGGUGUUGCGUCAGGCCUGCGAGCAGAUCAAUACCAGGUGGCCCAAUCUGAUGGUGGGACAGACGCUGCAGUUGCCGCUGCUCGACUGCAACUAUCAGAUCUGCAUACCCAAAGCCACAAGCAGCAGUCGCAAGCUGCACGGCGUCACAGCCGGACAGCAGCUGGCGGAGAUUACGGGGGCUAGUUGUGGCGGGGAUUCACCCACAGCCGUCAAGGUGCUGGCCUCGGUGCAUGAGGUGGAGCUGUUUCGCAGUCUCAGCUUUGUCAUGGAUCAUCUGUAUACGCUGUGGGAGCUGGUCAUCACGGCGGAACCGAUUGUUGUCGUUGGCACCUCUCCGGCCGAUUGCUCCCACAUGGUGCAGGCUCUGGUCGCUGUCAUCGCUCCACUGGAAUACUGCGCCGAGUCGCGUCCCUAUUUCACCAUACACGACAGCGAGUUCAAGGAGUUCACCCAGGAGAAUCCCAAUCGCAGUAUUCCCGCCGUCAUCCUGGGCGUCACGAAUCCCUUCUUCGUCAAGCUGCUCAAGGAUUGGCCGCACAUGCUGCGUCUGGUGGAUAAUCAGAAAAACAUGCAGCAACAGCAGCAGGAAUUGCUGCAGCUGCAGAAGAGUUCGCGGAAUGGCAACGUGGUGAAGUUGCAACAACCGAUUUCCAACAAUCACAACAUUCUGAAUGGCAGUCUGACGGCAGCGGGCGACAGUUCGACGGCGGGACUGCACACCAAGUACAAGCCGUAUCUGAAGAAGGACAAGACGCUAAUUAAAAAGGUGCUGCUGGGCAUGAAAACGAAACGACCGGAACAUGUGCAGACCGCUCUAAUCCGGCGCUAUUUGCUGGAAUUGACGCAGAGUUUUAUGAUACCGCUGGAGCGUUAUAUGGCAUCGUUAAUGCCGCUCCAAAAGGAUAUAAGUCCAUUCAAAUCGGCGCCCAAUGCCAGCUCGUUCAAGCUGGAUGAUUUUUUGGCCACACUGGAGACGGCGGGACCACAGCUAACAUCACCGCUCAAGGGUGACUGGAAGGGUCUCUACAGACGCUUCAUUAAAUCCCCGAAUUUCCGGGGCUGGUACGAAUCCCGGCAUCGCGAACUGCAAUUAACACUGCAGGAUUUGCAAUUGCAGGCGCUAUCGCAGGCGAAUCUGGAGCAUUGGGCCCACGAUAAGCAGGAGGUGGAAAUAAUUGAUAUGAUACUCAAGUUGAAACAAAAACUGAAUCUCUACAGUGAUAAGACAGAGCUGGAGGGGAUUACGAGCAGCACACAGCGUCAGAUACGGGCACAGAUUGAGUGCAUGAAGGGAUUGCUGCCAUCCGAUCUCAAGAAUGUUGUGAAUCUUUGAUCGUUUGUGCACUUUAUUAGCUAAAUUUACCUCCCUACCCCUUAACCCCCUUAACAAUCCCAUUCCCCCCACCCCCCUCCAUGUUCAGUUAUAUAUUUUAUAGUUCAAAAAAUUGUAUAUGAUAUUUAAUGUUUGAUUGCCAGGCAGUUAACCAAGUCACAAAUAGAAGAGAAACUUAUAAGGAAUAGAAACUCCGCAAAUUCUAAUUAGAUGUUUAUCCAAAAUACAUGUUGUUUCUUUUUCCUUAUUACUUAUUACAUAUUUUAGCAUGUAAGCCUUAAUAGAUUUGUGUACAAAAUAAACCAUAUCCACAAUGUUUUCCAAAAUUCAACAAAAAUGUAUAUACAUUAAGUACAAUUUUAGUCACAUUAUCAUGUUCAAAAAUUGUCCGGUCUUUGUGUGUCCAUUUCACAAGGCUAUACAAAUUUAUAUAUUCCUAUUGUAAUAUACAAAACAUAUAAAAAAAAAACAAGAUAAUUGAUGUU